ACUUCAUUUGUCAACGUCAUUCACAAAAAGUUGGGUUAGUUAAGUAAAAUGUUUUCUUGUUCAAUUCUGAAGUAUAGUUCUAAUCUUACAAAAUUUAAUAUAACGAAAACUAUUUUUACUUCGAGUGUUUACAGACAACAGUCUAACCAAGAUGAAGUAGUUCUUGAAACUAGAGAGAUUACUAAAGAUCGCACCCAAGCAAUUCCAGUGGAAACUAGCAUUCGAUAUUUGAAGAGUGCAGCUUUCGAAAAAACUUACGAAGGACAACCUGUGUGGGUUUUAUAUAGAAGAAAUCACAAAGGAUUGUUUCCUCCAAGAAAGACAAGAAAAACGUGUAUACGAGGUGGUCAAAUAGCUACAGGAAAUCCAUGUCCAAUUUGUAGAGACGAAUAUUUAGUUUUACAUGAACAUAACACAGAUUUAUUGAAACAGUUCAUAUCCAAAGAAACUGGUAGUAUAAUAGGCUAUAACAAAACUGGUUUGUGUCAAAAGAAACAUGAGGAACUAGUAGUUGCUAUUAAACGAGCAUAUGAUAGAGGUUUGCUAACAUAUGACGUACCCUUUAAACUAUAUGAUUAUUCAGAAUAUUCUCCAAAAUCGCAUUAAAGAUGGAAGCUACUUUCGUUAUUGUUGGAGGUGGUAUAGCAGGUGUUAGUUGUGCAGAAACAUUAGCAUUUUUUGAACCAGAUAAAUCUAUUAUUCUUCUUAGUGAAUCAUCACUUAUAAAAACUGUCAUUAAUCUUCAUGCUAUUACUAGAACUUUAACACAAUUUAAUAUUCAAGAAAUGGAAUCUUCAGAGUUUUCAUUGAAACAUCCAAACAUCACAGUUAUUCAUGACACCCUUGUUGAAAUUAAUGAUGGCGCCCAACCUAAGCUAAUACCACAAGCCGAAUUAUUUGAAGAAAUAAUUGGUAUAAGGGACACAGAUUCUGUAGAAAUAUUUCUUCAAAAAAUCAACAGAGCUAAAAAAGUGGCUAUUGUUGGUAAUGGAGGUAUUGCUUCAGAGUUAGCCUAUAAAAUUAAAAACACUCAAGUUCAUUGGAUUAUCAAAGAUAAACACAUUUCUGCUACUUUUGUUGAACCUGGAGCAGCUGAAUUCUUCUUAUCUUCACUUAACAAAGAUGUCCAAGAAGAGCAAGUUACCAAAAGAAUGCGGUACCAAGAAGAAUAUUCUCACAGGUCUGGGGCCGCUUUAGGCCCAGAUUGGUAUAAAAAUUUGAUCAUUAAAGGCGCUGGAGAUCUAAACAUUCCCUCAGAAAUUAAAAUACAUUAUGAAACUGAAAUAUCAAAUAUCCAAAGAUCCAAUAACUCUCCUUAUGCUCUAGAAGUUACUUUAUCUAAUGGCGAUAAAUUUACCUGUGAUAUGAUAAUUUCAGCAACCGGUGUCACUGCAAGAAAAUCAUUUGUUUCCAAAAAUGAGCUUGAACUAUCUAAUACAGGAGAAAUAAAAGUGAAUGAGUUUAUGCAGACCAAUCUUCAGAAUGUGUAUGCCGCAGGAGAUGUGUGUUGUGCUAAUUGGAAACUAGCAAAGCAUUGGUUUCAAAUGAAACUAUGGACACAGGCUAGACAGAUGGGUUCUUAUGCUGCAAAAGCUAUGGUAGGCCACUUGAACAAUGAAGAAGUUUUACAAGAUUUCUGUUUCGAGAUGUUCGCACAUUCUACAAAGCUUUUUGGAUACAAAGUUAUCUUGCUAGGUUUAUUUAAUGGGCAAAAAUUGGGAACAAAUUACGAAAUUCUAAUAAGGAUGACCAAAGGUCUUGAAUAUAUAAAGUUUGUGUUAGAGGACAAUAAGUUACAGGGAGCUGUUUUGAUUGGUGAUACUGAUUUGGAAGAGAUGGCCGAGAAUUUAAUAUUGAAUCAGAUUGAUUUGUCACCAUACGGAGACGACAUUUUGAAUCCUGAUAUUGAUAUUGAGGAUUAUUUCGAUUAGUUUUUAAAACAUUGUAAAAUUAACACCUGUAGUAUCUAAUAAAUAUUUAAAUGAAA